CACCACAUUUCCUGUUUGUAACUGAACAAAGUACACACGAAAGAUUUUAAGAAACAGAAGAGAGAAAAACCUGAGGUGGAGAUAACAAGUUUUAUUGGCACACUUCUAACACAACAAAGCUAACGUUACUUAGAAGCAAAAGUUUCCAGGAGCAUUUUGAAUCCAUGCGUUUGCCUUAUGGCUACAUAAGGAUUUCUCUGAGAAAAGAAGCAUGUCAGGAAACUCUGAAUGCCAGUUUUAUGUCUGGGCAAUUAUAGCCGCCUUAAUUUUAGCUCUGGUUAUAUCGCUGAUCUUCAAUGUUUCCCACUAUGUGGAAAAGCAGCAACAAGGUAAAAUACACAGCUACUUUGAUGACUUCAGUCCCAGGGAGAAUGAGUAUUAUGUUGAAGACAUACCAAUUUAUGGUAACUUAGAUAAUGUGGUCCCAGAACCAAUGGAUGAAAACUGCUAUGAACAAAUGAAAGCUCGACCAGAGAGGUCUGGGAAUGAACUGCAAGGAGCUACCCUAACUGCACAGGCAACUGAGAUGUGUUAUGCCUCGCUGAAUCACAACUGUAAGGGGAAGCGUGGAAAGCCCAGGAAACAAAACGCUUAUUUGUCAGACAAGAGUGAAGAUGAGCCCUCAUGUGGAAUGAACACCAGCUUUUCUACGACUUCUCUGGUAGACAGCUUCCCACCUGAGAACCAGGCAAUGGAGGAAAACAUUCAUGAUGAUCCCAUAAGACUGUUUGGAUUGAUUCGUGCUAAGACAGAACCUAUAAGCUAGCGUGACUAUGAUUUGGCUCUUGUUGAAGAAGAUUGUGAAAGAAAGCAAGAUCCCUCUAUGACACAGUGUGAUAUGGCAGGGUGGCCAUCCCAUCCUUUGUUGGUAGGACAGUGGUUUACCUCUUAUUCAGAACUUACGUUCCUGCACACUGAAUGCAACGUCAAGAAAAUUAGUUGUUUGAAUUAGUUAUUUGAAUUCACUUUAAAAAUGUCUAACAGUAAAGUGUAAAGCAGAAUCAGGUUUGCAAAUUGAGCUUGAUGACAUCACAACUUCACCAACAAUGCUUAAUACUCCAUGAAAUAAAACCAAAAAAAAAUAUUUUAAGCAUUACUUGUGCUCUGGAAUACACUGGAAGAAUAAAAGUCAAUUUUAAAAAAUUUCCCUUUUCUAACCAAGGGGAAACACUCAUAACUGGAAGAAAUUAAUUUAAAACAAAUGUUUAUUGAAUCUAUUGGGGUGACAUUGGUUAAUAAAAUU